AAAGUGAGCAGGCACACCCGUAGCUGCUGCAGUUACUGCCUUUGAAUUAAGUUUCCCUCCUUGUUUCACUUUUCAACCUUCGCCUUCGCUUAGUUUAACUAUAAUAUCUUAGGUACCCAUUCCAUUUCCAUUCCCAUUUUAAUUUUCAUAUACAAAAAGACUACCUCUUAUUCGGGCGUUCCGAAUGUUAGUCUAUUGAGAAGGCCAUUCAAUUGUUGACAAUACCAUCUCCCAAGCCGACCGAUAACAGAUACAUAACCCAAAAUGGUGAACUUGGCAAUUGUUCCACCUAUUCUCCUCAUCGUCUUGCUCGCGGUCGCAAUCUAUGUGCAAGUGACCUCGAGCAAUCUUUCUCUGCCUCUUGCGACCGGAACGACCGUCCUUACGAUCAUUCUCCCUCUUAUCGCCGCCGCCAACAUCUUUUAUACGCCUAUCCUCCGAGGAAUUCUAUUACGGCGCGCUGCCUCGUCGCCUGUUUUGCAGCGCCUCCUCCCCGCUGGGCUACAGUUGUUCCAAGGCGUGCUGACGGUUGUCCUGGCCACACUUGCUGCCGAGGGUUUCGUACCGGGUGGGCAACUUGAUUGCAGCCUUAAUAACAACUGGCAACGCCUGUAUAGUGCGCACGAUGAUCGAGCUAUCGAGCGUAUACAGGAUGCCUUCAACUGCUGUGGACUUAAUACCAUGAAGGAUCGCUCCGCUCCGCAGGGCCAGUGCCGUACGCUAUUUCCCAACAGACAUACUCGCUGUCUUGAACCUUGGCGUGCCGCUGAGCAGCGAACUGCUGGCUUCCAAUUUGCUGUCGUCGUACUCGCUGGCAUCCUUCAAUUGGUAAACCUUGCGAGUUUCGCAUUUCGCGGUUCCAGGAACAGUAACUCUAGGUUUGGAUAUAGACGUAUCGCUCAGGUUGUAGGCGUCGAUACUACCGAAGAGAGACUCUUGGAGGAUGGGGAAGCAGAGGUUGAUGAAGGCGGGAAUGGAGCGGCAGCAGGCGGCGAUGGAACCAACGGCGCCCGUCGUGACUAUGGAGGUACUGGAAACGGUGGGACACACUAUAGAGUUGAGCCGUCUAGCUUCGGUAAUUCAAGCGAACGGAAUCAGUGGGCGGAUGGGGCUUAAUCUGCCCCUGGAUUGGUGGUCUCGUUUUGCUCUACAGACUCAUUGGUUUUGCGGUAGGUCUCUUCCCAUAUUGAAUAUUUAACUAUUUUUAAGGGUCAAAAAUGUUAUAAGGACAGUAGGAGAUUGAUGGUUAUAAUUGACUCUUAAUCAAACCGAUACGGCUGCCCAAAACCUACCAUUAACGCGAAUUUUCUGCUCUGGUUAGGCAUCUACUUGCUUGACCCAAAGGUCGGAGGCGGGCAUCUCUCCGGGUAGAAGCUAGUUAUUAGGUACGGAGCUCGGAAAGACACCAAGGGUUCAACCCCGUAGUGGCGGUGCGUCUCCAUUCCGGAUACCGCAAUAGUCUUGAAGCAC